CAACCAGAAGGCUGCCUUUUUGCGACUUGAACCAGGCGAUCGUCCAGACCCCGUCGCCAUGGCUUUGGUAGCAUAUCGGAACCUCAUGCGCGCGGCGCGCAUCGCCUUCCAGGGCGACGCCCCAGUCCUGGCCGCCGCGCAGGACCAGAUCCGCCACGAGUUCCGCCAACGGUCCGCCCUCGACGCCUCCGCCCCCGACGCGCAGGCUGCGCUGCAGCAUGCAGGCGAGGUCGCCAGGUUUCUCCGGGAAAACGUCGUCCAGGGCAGGAAGGCCGCGGACGAGGAAGGCACCUACAAGCUACGGAUCCACGAGCACACCGAGAGGGGGGACAACGAGAGCAUAAAGAUGGGCAGCAUGGGCACGCUAGGGGGCGGAGGAUGCGGCUGCAAAUGAGGCCUCUUUGUGGAGAUUCCAAGCCUGAACUAAACUGUACCACUACCUGUACAAUAUACGCCGACAACAUGAUACCCUCUCAUUCCAAAUGAGAUGCAUGACCCAUCGCUUUUGCUCUUCUAUCCGCUCGUAUUCACGUCCAAACCCAAACGCCGUGCACUGAGAAUGCUAGAGAUGAUGACCGUUGAGGCGGCUUGGCUAGUCGCCCGAGAGGCUGGCAUAGUUGG